ACACAGAGCAGCCUCUGACCCGGGCGAAUGCGGGCUUGUGCCGCCGCCGCCGCCGUCGCCGCCGUCCGGGCCGAGUGACAAAGGAAGGAAGGAAGGAAGCAAGGAGGAGCCGGCCCCACAGCCGCUGACAGGGCUCCGGGCUGGUGGCAAAGCGCGGACACUUCCUGAGCAGGCACCGAGCAGAGGCGAGGGGCGGGAGGGCGGCCGCGCUGGUGCGGUGGACGGGGGAGGGGGCCCCGAGGGACGGAAGCGGUUGCUGGGUUCCCAUGUCCCCGGCGUAUGGGGAGCAGUCGAGGAGCCGCUGCUUGGGGUCUGAAGGGAGCUGCCUCUGCCACCACCACCGCCGCCAUGGCCGCUGGAUCCAGCCGCCGCCUGCAGCUGCUCCUGGCGCAAUGAGGAGAGGAGCCACCGCCACCACCCGCCUCUGACUGACUCGCGACUCUGCCGCCCUCCAGUUCGCCGGGCCCCCGCAGUCAUCCAGCCGGAUCCCGCCGCUGCCGGAGCCGCAGCGUUUCCCGUCGCAUCUCGGAGCCACCCCCUCCCUCUCCCUCCUUCCUUCCCAUCCCCCUUCUUUUCAAGCGUGAGACUCGUGAUCCUUCCGCCGCUUCCCUUCUUCAUUGACUCGGAAAAAAAAUCCCCGAGGAAAAGAUAAUAUUCAAAGUACUUAUUUUGAAUCAAGUAUUUGCCCCCGUUUCGCGUGAUAUAUAUAUAUACAUAUAUAUUUUUAGGAUUUCUUCCGCCUCCCUUUUUUCCCCUCCAAGGAAAGGGAGGGGAAAGAAUUGUAUUUUUUUUCCCCAGCCCCAAAUCAUCUACAUGUUAAAUAUCCAUACUGAUCUGUCUUGAAGGAGAGAUACAUCGCUCGUUUUUUUAUAGCUAUACAAAAGGAGUGAAAAGCCAAGAAGACUGUCAUUUUCUUUUUCUUGUGGGAGAACUUAAUGCUGCAUUUAUCAUUAACCUAACACCCCGGCAUAAAACAAAAGGAAGAAGAGGAGGAAGGAAGGAAAAGAAGGUGAUUCGGAAAGAGAGUGAUCAUGUCAGGGCGACCCAGAACCACCUCCUUUGCGGAGAGCUGCAAGCCAGUGCAGCAGCCUUCAGCUUUUGGCAGCAUGAAAGUUAGCAGAGACAAGGAUGGAAGUAAGGUGACUACAGUGGUGGCAACUCCUGGGCAGGGCCCAGACAGGCCACAAGAAGUCAGCUAUACAGACACUAAAGUAAUUGGAAAUGGGUCAUUUGGUGUGGUAUAUCAAGCUAAACUUUGUGAUUCAGGAGAACUGGUUGCCAUCAAGAAAGUAUUACAGGACAAGAGAUUUAAGAACCGAGAGCUCCAAAUCAUGAGAAAGCUAGAUCACUGUAACAUAGUCCGAUUGCGUUAUUUCUUCUACUCAAGUGGUGAGAAGAAAGAUGAGGUCUAUCUUAAUCUGGUGCUGGAUUAUGUCCCGGAAACAGUAUACAGAGUCGCCAGACACUAUAGUCGAGCCAAACAGACGCUCCCUGUGAUCUAUGUCAAGUUGUAUAUGUAUCAGCUGUUUCGAAGUUUAGCCUAUAUUCAUUCCUUUGGAAUCUGCCAUCGGGAUAUUAAACCACAGAACCUCUUGUUGGACCCCGAUACAGCUGUCUUAAAACUCUGUGACUUUGGAAGUGCAAAGCAGCUGGUCCGAGGAGAACCCAAUGUUUCGUAUAUCUGUUCUCGGUACUAUAGGGCACCAGAGUUGAUCUUUGGAGCCACUGAUUAUACCUCUAGUAUAGAUGUAUGGUCUGCGGGCUGUGUGCUGGCUGAGCUGUUAUUAGGACAACCAAUAUUUCCAGGGGACAGUGGUGUGGAUCAGUUGGUGGAAAUAAUCAAGGUCCUGGGGACACCAACAAGGGAGCAAAUUAGAGAAAUGAACCCAAACUAUACAGAAUUCAAAUUUCCUCAAAUUAAGGCCCAUCCUUGGACUAAGGUCUUCCGACCCCGAACUCCACCAGAGGCAAUUGCACUGUGUAGCCGUCUGCUGGAGUAUACACCAACUGCCAGACUGACACCCCUGGAAGCUUGUGCACAUUCAUUUUUUGAUGAAUUACGGGACCCAAAUGUCAAACUACCAAAUGGGCGAGACACACCCGCACUCUUCAACUUCACCACUCAAGAACUGUCAAGUAAUCCACCUCUAGCUACUAUUCUUAUUCCUCCUCAUGCUCGGAUUCAAGCAGCUGCUUCAACUCCUACAAAUGCCACAGCAGCCUCAGAUGCUAAUGCUGGAGACCGUGGACAGACCAAUAAUGCCGCUUCUGCAUCAGCUUCCAACUCCACCUGAACAGUCCCGAGCAGCCAGCUGCACAGGAAGAACCACCAGUUACUUGAGUGUCACUCAGCAACACUGGUCACGUUUGGAAAGAAAAUUAAAAAGAGAAAAAACCUGUUCAUUUUAGUGUUCAAUUUUUUUAUUAUUGUUGUUGUUCUUAUUUAACCUUGUAAAAUAUCUAUAAAUACAAACCAAUUUCAUUGUAUUCUCACUUUGAGGGAGAUCCAGGGGGUGGGAGGGGAUGUGGGGAGGGGGAAAUCGGAGCACUAGAACACACAAUCUCUCUCCCACGACAAUCUUUUUAUCAAAAGUCUGCUGUUGUAUACUUUAAAAACAGGACUCCUGCCUCAUGCCCCUUCCAAAAAAAGACAAAAACUUUGUUCUGUGCUGAAGUUUUUUUGAACUUUGUUUCUUUUAAAGUCAAGUGUAAGACUUUGGUAUAGUACACAGCUUGAAAUUGGUUGGGAGCUUCGCAGGUGUAACUCAAUGGGGACGUAAAUGUCACUUGUAAAAUUAAUCCAUAUCCUCGGGUAUUCGAAGACUUGCCUUUGGCAUGUUGGUGGCAGGUGUGGCAGACAAAAAAGGAAAUGUAUCAUUUGUAACCCUGGGAUGUCAAUAAAGUUUGAAACUGUAAGGGGAAGAUUCUUAA